UGUAGAGGACUGCAAGAAGUGCUGUAUAAAGCUGACAAGAUAGGUGAUGAUAUUUACAUUUUGUCUCGUUUAGAAAUGGGGCAUCGAUGUUUAAGCUUCGUACUGUUAAUUGCUUUUUGGACGAAUUUGACUUUUGUUGAGCUUCAGAAAGUUCAAAUAGAAGAUUCCUUGGAACAAAUAGAAACUUAUUUAUUAAAGAAAAAUAAAGAAUAUGAGAGAUUAUUCGAAGAAGCUCUUAAUAAAUCGAGAGGUCGAAGAAAUGUAACUAAAGAGAACAUUUUAGAUAUGCAACAACUUAAAUAUACUAUAAUACAAACAAAGAAAUCAAACUUCUCUACAGAUUUUAAAAUUUUGUGUUUGUUAAAAGUUGACGAUAGCUCUUUAGUUUUCGGAACUGACAAAGGAAAUCUUAUUUUUUAUAAUAAUAAUGUAGUAACUUCAUACAAAAAUUUACCUGGAAUACCCUAUCAUAUAGAACAUUUCCUGUACAAUGGCAUUGAUCACUUUGUGGUAGGAUAUAAAUCUAAGUCUCAGAAUCGUUAUUUUAUUCAAGCUUUCGUAAGAGAUGAUGAUAAAAAGUACUCUCGAACAACAUUCGAUUAUAAAACUGAUUUUCAAGUAGUAAAAUUAAAGAGUGAUUACUACAUGUUCACGUGUAGCAUCGGUUCUGAAAGAUUAGCAGAACUAUACAAAUUAACUCCUCAUUUUAAUUUUCUUACUGAUUAUGCGACUAAAAAUUCUGUUGCAUGUACACUGUGGUUAAUGGAAGGAUCUCUUUAUGCUGUAAUUGCUCAAGAAACAGGGAAAUCGCCAUUGUUAAUUUAUAAUGAGAAUACUAAAACACUGGCUCUUCUUCAAAUGAUUUCUGUGGAAAGACCAUCUAAAGUAGCUCAUUUUGCAAUCAACAAAUAUCACUAUUUAAUUUUUCUUGCAAAUGGAAUUCCAACAAUACAUUAUUGGUGGGAAGGUGAUCAGUUUCUAGAGCAGCAACAACUCAAAGUAAAUGCUUUUGAUUUGGAUGUUGGGCAAUUAAAAACGGGGAAAAUAUUAAUUGGGAUUGCUACAAAGAAAACAGUGAUGUUCUUCGUGGAAUAUGUCAAGGGCAAAUUUAGGCCAGCUGGAAAUUUUUCCGUAGAUUCGACUAUCGAAACCAUAAAAAUUAUCAAUAUCGCUAAAGAUUAUAUUCUCAUUAAUUUUGAAGAGAGAUCCUCUGAAAUACACGAGCUAAUUAUCGAACAAUCUUUGGAACCCUAUGACAAAAAGAACGAAACUUCAUUAAAGCCUUUAUUCCAAUGUCUUGUUUCUUUAAAUGAAACACUAACCGAACGUUCUAAAAGCAUACAUAAUAUGUUAAUAAAUGCUUCAAAGGUAUGGACUACAGACAGACAUCAUAAACGAAUCGAGGCACACGUGAUCAUUAAAAAUGAUUUGAUUGUCGAUAAAGCUGUCUUUAUUACUGAUGUAAAUAUGGAAUUCGAUAAUGAUAUUUUGAAGAAUGGAUAUCGUAAGUCUUUGCAGGAUUACUUAGCAUUAUUUGGCAAUUUGCAAGCAAAAGCAAGACGUGCUGUCACAAAAUCGACAUAUCAAGAAAUAACUGGUAACAUCAAAUUUCAAUAUCCAAUUGAAUCUGUACAUACAAGAAUAAAUUACUUACCGAAUGAUAUCAUUAUUAAUAAUAUGUCACUGAAAGUAUUAGAAAAAUAUGCAUUGAAAACGAAGCAAAUAACAAGGGAAAGCUUUAGAAUGAACUUCGUCAAGGCACAAGAAAUUAUAAUUGAAGGAAAAUUAAAUGGAAUAUUUAUUAAAGAUCUGUUUUUGAUUAACGGAAUGCAAACUAUUACUGGUAACCUAAGUUUUAUGGAUAUUUACAUCAAUGAAGAUCUUAAUGUGAAAAGAACAAUCAACGAUAUUAGUUUUGAUGAAAUUGUUUCCAGAGAGAAUUUCGUUAUAUAUGGGCGAAAGGUUUUUAAUCGAAUUUUAGUUAAGAAAAAUAUAGAAGUCCGCACAAAUACAAAUAAAUUGAAACUUUCGUCAGUAGCAAGAAAAUUAGUAACUACAAAAUCAGAUCAUAGUCUAUCUGGAAAUAUUUUAUUUAAAGAUCACGUUAUCAUCCAUAAUUUAAUCUUAACUGGUUCAGUUAACGAAAAGGAAUUUGAAAAACUCUACUCUGAAGCUGUGUUGAUUGAUCGUAAUCAUCAUACAACAAUUAAAGGUUUGAAAACAUUUAAUAACGUCGUAACUGUCGCUAAUAUGAAGGUUUACGGACAGUUUAACAAUCGAAGUUUGGAAUCGCUACUGACAACACACACAAAGCAACUUAUAACUAAUACUGUUACAUUUAAAAACGUGAUUAUUUUCGAAAAUGAUCUCAUUGUAGAUACAAUUAACUCUAUAAAAUUUAGUGAUGCGGUUUUGUCGUUUCGAAACGAGAUCAUAACCAGUAGAAAGAUUUUCGAAAGCAAUAUCAUUGUAAAUGAUAUCGAAUUGGGAGAACAUGGCACCAUUAAUGGCAUAAAACCUUCUGAUCUAUUACAACUAUACCAAUUGAUAACUGAAACCAGAUAUGCAGAUAUUGCAGUAAAUAGUACAAAUUACAUAAAAUAUUCAGAAGAUAUUAGAAAUAUUAAUAUUUCUAAUAUGUGGAGAAAGUCAAAAAAUAAGACAAUUUGUGUUCCUGUUAAUUUUGGUAAUACGGUUGUUUUCGAAAAUAGCUUGACAGCAGACGUGUUCUUAAAAAACAAAUUAAUUUCGAAUUCAACCAAUAUCAUCAACGCAAAUAUAACGUUCGUAGACGACGUUACGACUUUUCUAAUCAACCAUAUUUGUGGUAAAGUUAAUGGGAUAAAUCUUUAUCAGCUAAAAAAAGAAAUUUUCUUGAUUUCAAAUCCCUGGAAAUGUAAAGGAACGAAAACCUUCCAUUCUUUAAGUGUUAAGAAUAGAAUUACAACAAAGUUACUUAAUGGAUAUGAUACAUCAAAUAUCGUGUUGUUGCAUACUGAUCAAUAUAUAAUUGGACAUAUUCGUUUUGAGAAUGUGCUUGUCCAUAAUUUAAGGGUAAAGAAUUUAUUCGUAGCGAAUAUUAAUGAAUAUUCGGUAGAAACAUUCCUAAGUGAAAUUGUCACUCAAAAUUCCCAAAAUGUAACUUUAACGGAUAAAGUAUUCAACAAUAUAAUUGUCAAAGGUUCAAUAACAGUUAAAGGUAUGAUCGAUGGAGUAGCAAUUGAGGAAUUUAUACGUAGAGCAGUUACUCAAAAUUCUAAACAAACUAUUGUUCAGAAGAUAUUUACAAAUGACUUAAUUUUCGAAGAUGAUCUGUCUGUUCAUAGUUUAAAUAAUUUAGAUAUUGUUGAUCAUAUUAACCGUGUGGUUUUCGUUGAUCAGAAAGAAAUAUAUGGGCAAAAGAUAGUUGAAGGAAACGUGGAAGUGAAAGGAGAACUAAUCAUAGAAGGUUUAAUCAAUGGUGUAAACAUAGAAUUGUUGAACCAAAAAGCAUUGUCAAAAAAUAAAUCUAAUAAGUUUAAUUCUUUUACGUUCUAUAAAGAUGUUAUAAUAGAUAAAUUGUAUACGAAAACUUUAAAUAGACAAGAUGUGAAUAACUUAGUCACCAUCAACGGAAACGAAACGUUAAAUUAUAUUCUAAUUACAAACGAUAUAAUGGCUUACAAUAUAAAAAUAAGAGGUUUACUAAAUAGUAACAACAUAACAAAGUUUAAAGAAAGAGCAUUGUAUAAAUAUAAACACAAUCAGACCAUAACUAAAAUGAAGAAAAUAAAAAAUUUGAUAGUCGAAGGAAACGUCAAUUUUCAAGGCAAAGUUAACGAUGAAGAUCCUUCGACUGUUUUCAAAUCGCCUGUUAAAUUAACUGUGUUGAAUUACACUCGAAUCCAUGCAAAGAAUAUGUAUGUAAGAACCAUCAACAAUGUGGAUCUUUCUUUCUUAAGAGAUAUCGUACUUAAAUCUGAAGAACAUCUCAUUAAAGGUGUGACGAUCUUCUCAAAUGUAUCUGAAAUGAUAAUAGAGAGAGACCUAGAAAUCAGGAAAAAUCUUUCUGUUAAUUCUAUCAACGAUCUUAUUAUGUCUAAUGUCGUUACUAAACAUUCUGUUCAAACUAUUUAUGGAAAUAUUAAAUUAGAAAACUUAAUUGUCGACAACCUCUACGUUACUGAGAGCAUAAAUGGAUUAUCCAUUCCCAAAGACCUCAUACUGAAAAAUACCGAUGAAGUUGUCCAUGGAACAACGUACUUUAAUGAAUUUAUACAGAUGAAUAAAAAUUUAAAUGUUUAUGGUAUGAUUGAAAAUGUUAAUGCUUCUCUUAUUUGGAACGCAUUGCUGAAUAAAGAAUAUAGGUGGAAUUUUCUCAAUGACGUCUUUAUUGACAAAUUGAUCAUACGUGAGAGUAUAAAUGGAAUAAGCGUAGAAGAAUUUGUAUCCUCUUCUACCGAAGUAAUUACAGGUGUUAAAAUUUUCAAAAGUUUAACUACAGAUGUUUUGAAUACAACCUUCAUUAAUGGUUACAAUUUGACGAAUAUCAUCACGUCUAUCUAUGAAAACAACAAUCCGAAAAUAAUUAUGGAAAUUAAAAACAAAGUAACGGUGGAGAAAAUUACGGUUAGGAAUACUUUUAAUGAUAAUCCUAUCCAUAAGAUAGGAAGCUUUACCAUAGGCACUCUGGAUAACUUAACAACCAACUUGGUCAAUUACAACUCAUACAUUGAGAAAUAUUCAACUUUGUACAGUAGGAUAUCCGAAUUUGCUUAUUUCAGCACUGUUCAUGAAUUGUCCUUAGGCCCCAUUGCGAAGAUCAUAUCUCAAUCCAAUACAUUUGAACAAUUCAGCUCGAAAAAUUUGCUAACAAUUUGGGUUAAUGCAAGAUGUAACAGAUUCUGCUGUAAAGACUAUACUUACUUCUUACAACCUAGCGAUAGAUUAUCGGAUAUAAAGGGACCUUACGAAGGGCGUCACUUGUCUAUUGUAGGAACUGUUCUGUCUAAUAUGACAAAUGGAAAAAAUGCAAUACGUAUUGUAAGAAAAGAAUGCUCCGAGGUAAUAUGUGAAACAUUAGUAAUGAAAAACAUUCCUUUUGUGGAGAGUAGUACAUUUAUAGAUGAGAUGACGCUGCCUAUGAUGGAGAUUGAAGAUGCUAAAGUUUUUCGAGCAAAUAAUGAGUUAUUUUUGGUCGUUUUUACGUCUAACGAUUCAACGACCUUAAAAAGUGCGAUAAGAGUCUAUCAAUAUAAGGACGGAUGGGAAGAACGUCAAAUGUUAUCAACAUUUUCAGCAAAAUCAAUAGAUUUACUUAACGGUUUAAAGGAAACCGAUAUUUAUUUGGCGGUGGCUAAUCAGGUGUUGGUGCAAAAUUGUAAAAAUCAGAGCCUCAUUUAUAAAUGGGAUACCUACAAGAGAAAGUUUCUACCAUUCCAUCCCAUGCCAUCGUGUUGUGCUAAUGUUGUGUUAUGGAUAAGUCGAAGAGGAGAAUAUUACUUAAUAGUAGGAUAUAAAAACGCUCAAAGAAAUUUAAAGGGUUAUUCUUUUCCAAUGUCCCUUUACGUUCUGGACAAAGGAAAAUUUUACAUUCUUCAAACAGUUCCUAGUUAUCACGUUGUUUCAGUUGAUUUCAUCUCAUUAAGAGGUGAGGAUUAUGUACUCGUGGCAGACUCAUUACAUGAUGUGCUUCGCGUUCUUCAAUGGAGAGGAUAUAAUCUCUUCGAAGAAAUUCAAGCAAUAAAAGUAAGCGGAGUGAGUCAUGUUGCACACUAUUUCUGGAAUGAUCGGCUCUUUAUCGUUGUGGCAUCUUCAAACAAAAUCUUGCUGAUGGAAGCAAUGAUCAGGGGUUCAGAUAUGAAAUUUUCAUGAUAUUUUUCCUGUAAGAUUUCUUUAGGAAAGAAAUAAAUCUUCUGAAUCAUUUAAAUAAAU